AUGCUCACUGCAAGGACAGUCCUGCUGCUCGUGGUGCUCCUCACCCUCUCCUCAUGCUCUGAUGCAGCCCCUUACAUUCCAUACGAGUGCUGCUUUGACUACGUAAAGGGCGCUAUUCGGCUGGACAACAUCGUGGAUUUCUACUCAACUCCCAAGGAAUGUUUUCUCCCAGCAAUUGUGUUUGAGACCAAGAAAGGAGGCAAGGUCUGUGCAAACCCAAAGGAGAAGUGGGUGAAGAGAGCAAUUCAAAAAAGGAAAAGCCUUCAUGCCCCAUGA